AUGGCCCAGACAACAGAACCAACUCCGGUCCAUUGUUACACGAAUCCCUCGUUUUGCCGGCAAUCGGAGUACAUACCCGAGGAUCAAGGGGAUCUACCGCCUCCUCCACAGUUUCAAAGUAACGAAGACUUACCGCCACCACCUCCCCCGUUGCAAUUGCAAUGGAACGGUGGUCAGAGUAACCCCGCUUUUCAAGGACCUAGAGAGCUGGAGAAGAGCGGGAACAGGUACUGCUAUCUCGAGGAAAAUGGUAAUUCUACGCAUCGAAGGUAUGGAAGCGUUCCGGUGGAGGAGCACCGCGCUAUGUACAGGCAAAGUUCAAGGUACGAGUACAUACAGGACGAACAGAGGGGUCAGAUACAGAGGAGGGGUUCCUCGAGGUACGAGUUCAUUCCACAACAGCAGGUGCAACAACGUUCCGCACCGGCGGUCAACCAAGACGAGCUGCAGAUGCAAAGCUGUCGGAACAACGGUGGACGAUACACGAUUGUACCGGGUGAUCAGGAUUAUCAGGACGAGGAGAUCGUGUGGAAUACAGGGAAACACCUAUCCCCGGUGAGAAGACAUAUCAACACGCCUCAGGGUCGUUAUAGCAGAGUGCCUCUGCAAGAGGAGGACCCUCCAGCUCUUCCAGAACGAAACGGUCAGGUGUUGUCCGUCUCGCCGAGAAACAACUUGGCCACGCAAAAACUGCACGAGAUAUUGACCACUCCCAGGAAACCUCGAUCCAGAUCCGAGGAGAGGACCCUAUCUCCGAAGAGGCAACAGCAGUCGUUCAAUCAAACCGGUACGCCACAAAGAAGAGCGCUCACUCCAGGUGGCUCGCCAACCGGUCGAACGUUCAGUCCGAGCCGUUUGACGCCUCAAGGUACACCGCAGAAUCGGACGUUCCCUACCGGUCCUCAAACCUCCACCCCUAACAAAGAAUCGUCGGUAAGAAGAUGUCUACCGUUGCUGGAAAACCCGCCUCCCCGACAACAGGACCAGGUUUGUCCAGCCAGUAAUUGUGGAAGACUACGAUACGUAGGCACGGCUCCUGUCGACCUUGUGACGAUGGGUCACGGUGACCCGCCACCUCGUUACGCGUACAUGGAAAGUGGGCCAGAAUCUAUGCCGAUGGUGUCCGGUUCACCUAGGUAUCAGGUGAUACCCGCUGGACAGAAGAGAAACGGCUAUCAAAGCGUGGAAAGCGCGUUCAUCGCUAGAACCGCAGUGGUACCACCGCUCUCACCACCCAACAGCGAUGCGAACACAACAUUGGCUAGCGGUUUAGAGAAGAACGACAGAAGGAACGCGCCACUUCUAUUGGUUCUCGUUGGUAUCCUCACCUGCGGUUUAGCCUUGUAUCUGUCUUGGACGCAGGGAAGAAGGUACUAUUACGACAGUGCAGCGGGAUGUGGUGCCUGUUGCGCCUUAGCUGGUGCCUGCAGAACCUUAAGGAAGACUUGGACAGGACUUGGACUCGCUGGACUAGCGGCGUUAAGCUGUGCAGGACUAUUGCUGCUAGCUGCGAAAUCCCCUAAAGCUGGAACCCCUCUUCACGAUGUCACAGCUGGCGCUCUCUGCGGAGUUUCUCUGUUAGGUGCUAUUUUAGCGUUACUAGCACUCCUAUCGCCUAGAUGCAAUUUCGGCCGGCACAGAAGAGUACACUCGUGGAUACCACGUCUUUCGCACUGA